UUCAGUUCCUCACAUUGUAAAGAGUCUGUUUGCAAAUAAGUACAAAUGUUAUUCAUCAUAUAUUUGCUUUCCAGUGAAUUUAUGUGACUUCUCUGUUACUUGGAUCAAAAAAGAACCAGAAAACAUGGAGGAAGCUUCAGCAAUUUGUUACCAAUGUUUUUCCUUGCUUAUCUGGAUUGGAGUAGGCAUUGCUAUGAUUGUUAUGGGAACCAUCCACAAAGAUAACUGUGAAAUCCAGCCUUAUAUACCUGUAUUUCUCUUGGUGACUGGAGCCAUACAUCUCAUUACAUUCUUUACAGUCCUUAUGAGACUGGUGUGUGAGACAUUCAGCUCUAUUGUAGAAGGAAUUAUAGGAUCAUUUAGCUUUGGGUGGUUUAUCACAGGAAGUGUUUGGGUGUUCAGCGUGUACAAUUCAUAUGAAGGACACUGUGACAAGAACCUUUAUUUAUUUGCCUUUGUGAUCCUAAUAUUGGAAUAUUCUUUUAUGGCACUAUUCCUGUGUUGCUGCUGUUGGUUUUCGUCACUUAAAACAAUAUUUUAUGAAAGACUUCAGUAAAUGAAGAUACACAGCUGCAGAUUUCUACAGUAACUUCUGCAAUGUGCAAAUCAUAAACAAAUGAAUUUACUAUGACCUGGACAAUAUGUCCUUGAAUCUUUCUUUUUUUCCAUUGGAUUCUUUGAAUAAUAAUACCUUUACAUUCAAAUGUAAACUGUAAUUUUUGAGACUAUUUUUUUCUGUUGAUGAAGAUGAAAAGAGAAUAUAAAAAUAGGUAGUGAAAAAUGGAUUUAGAGGUAUGCAAUCCAUUAUCCGGAAACCUGUUGAAGAACAAAUUACCCAAAGGGUACAUUUUAAUCAAAUAUUUUAACUUUUUAAAAAUGAUUCCCUUUUUCUUUGUGAUGAAAAAACGUAAUGUAAAACGUAAAAAGUACCUUGUACUCGAUAGCAACUAAAAUAAAUUAGCGACAAAACAAUCCUAUUGGCUUUAUUUAAUGUUUCAAUUAUUUUUUAGUAGAUAAGGUAUGAAGGUAUGAAGCUUCAAAUUAUCCUGAAAACCCCAGGUCAUGAGCAUUCUGGAUCCCAUAACAGGUCCCACAGGGGUGGAUUUUCUUUCCCUUCUGUUUUCCUUAUAUUACCUGUGUUGCUUUGAUUACUAUUCAGAUUCUUUUUAAUUCAGUAAGAAAAAGUUUAUCACGUAAAAACUGAUGGACGAGAUUCAAUCUGAGAUGCAAUUCAAUUCAGGAAAACUUAUCACAUGGAUUAUCAAGUCAAAACUCUAUUGAGGUCUAUGGGAAUAAUCUGGAACUGAAUUUGGACAAAUUGAAUUUGUUAAUGAGUUUUGAUGUGAUAAACCAUGAGAUAACCUUUUCUCAUUGAAUUGAAUCUGGCCCAAUAUUCCUUCUAAUUCUGCUUCCUCCAUUAAUUUUUGCAAUUUCUUGUUAAAAAUGUUUAGGUACCCUUACCUGCCCGACCGAUAUCUGGCCUGAAAUCAGCCAGAUCUCGAUCGGGCAUGUUAAAAAAUCUAGUCAGAUGGGGGACCACAUGGGCUCAUUGAUGUGGUCCCCGGACCGACUUUGCCUAUACCCGUCGUUAUAAUUCGAUCAUUUGGCCCCAGGGCCAAACGAUCAAAUUAGCCUGGUUUCUCCCGAUAUCGCCCACUUGUAGGUGGGCAAUAUCGGGAGAAGGUCCGCUCGCUUGGUGACAUCGCCAAGCGAGCGGAUCUGAAGGUGUAUGGGCACCUUUAGAGUCUAAAUCAUUGGGGGGAAAAGCCUACAUGUAGCAUUUAAGGGAAAUAAUCAUGCAAGUGUUUUUGGUCCUAAAGUGUUUUAUGGGUAUAUUAGACUAUAGUGCUGCAUAAAUGGCAUUGGUGCUCUCAUUUGUGACAGAUUAAGCUUGAUUACCUAUAUAACCUUAAAUACUAACCAUAUUUAAACUCUUCAAAUAAUGACUGGUCUCCAGCCUGCCGCUCACUUACUUGCAGAAGGCAAAGAACUUCAGUGGACUGAAGAAAGGGACUACAAUUGUGAAGACCCCAUGGUCCCCACUUUGUCUGUGGUAUUGUAGUUAUACCACUGCAUGGAGCUUAAUUAAUUGUAUGUAAUAAUAUAAUCUAUCUUUUUAUUAAAUUAAAAAUACAAAAUGCCUUUGUCAUUGCUAUUAUUAUUAAAGGCAGUUGGUCAAAGAGACAGGACGCUAUGAAAAUAAAUUUACUGAUUAAAAUAAAAUCAUCCUGAAAUGCU